AUGUCCAACCCAAGAAUAGAAGAGCUCCCUGACGAUGAGCCCAGCAAGCAGGCAGCAGCAGAUGACGCAUCUAGCUCAUCCGACUCGGAACCUGAGGCUGGUGAGGGCGAGGCAAACAUCCCUGCUGGCUCUGCGGUCGCUGUGCACAGCCGAAAUGAGAAGAAGGCACGGAAGGCUAUUGGCAAGCUGGGAUUGAAGCAUGUUCCUGGUAUCACGAGAGUUACCCUGAGAAGACCAAAAGGAAUUCUCUUCGUGAUCUCCAACCCGGACGUCUACCGAUCCCCUACAAGCAACACAUGGAUUAUCUUCGGCGAAGCCAAGAUCGAAGAUCUCAACUCUCAAUCGCAAGCCGCUGCUGCUCAACAACUUGCUGCUGCCGAGGCCGCCAACGCUGACCACUCUGGCCACGAUCAUGACCAUGAUCAUGACCACGGCAAGGGCAAGGCAGUCGAAGACAAGAAGGUCGAGGAAGAGGAUGACGACGAUGAGGAAGUCGAUGACAGUGGACUUGAGGCCAAGGAUAUUGAAUUGGUCAUGACCCAGGCAUCGGUUUCUCGGAAGAAAGCGGUCAAAGCGCUCAAGGAGAACGGCAACGACAUAGUCAACUCAAUCAUGGCGCUGAGCGUAUGA